AAUAUGGCUGCUGUCGGCCGCCGCGAUGAUGCUGUCGUCGGAGACAGUCAACGCGGAACGACAACGGGAACAUACGAACGAGGACGGCGGUGGCGACAACUCUUACGAAUUUGAAGAAAAGAUACUCCGGGCUUGGUUAGAAAAAUAUAUUGAAAAAUACAACAAAAAUAUUCAGCCAUCCACUGGGUCAACAAACAUACAGCGCAUUGCAAAAAAGAGUCGGACGAGCACUUUUAAAAUGCCUAUGCUAGACCAUGAACAUAUCACGGCCCUAUCAAUGUAUCCGUUCCUCAUCAACCCACUUUAUCAACCAUCCAUUUACUCGAGUUAUAUUCCAUUACUCUAUGAUGCAACAACUCAUCUAAUUCCCAUUGGACAAGUACCAUAUCAAAAAGAAGAAUACCACCAUCGUUUUUUUGGACCUUUACAUACCCAAUUCCCAAUCGGGUAUACAAACGUACAAGGAAUUAUGAGCUCGACGCUAAUAAAUAAUGACCAUGAAGUUAAAGAAACGGUAAAUGUGCUAAAUUCCAUUCCCCCGGGCAACCAAGAAGUGAUCAAAAAAUAUGACAACGAAUCACAUACACAGGAACAAAUAUUAAACCAAAGUCAAGAUUAUAUUGAUCACACAUCACCGCAAGGACUUAACCCAGAAGAACUGAUAAAAAAUUAUCAAAAAAAAGUUGACAAAAACGAACAACAAAAUUCAAAAAGCGAUCGAAAACUACUUGACCAGACUAUUGUAGAUGAUCUUCUAAGCACAGUAACUGCAGAUCAGAAUCAAAUGAGUGAAUCUUACGAAAUUCAAGACCUACAACCGAUGACUACUACUAUUGAGUCUAAUAACACAUCCAUGACAUUAAAUACAAUUAACUUAACAGAAAUAUAUCAAACUUCUACUAUUUCAUCGUUGAAUAUAUCGAACAAAACAAGUAAAUCAAAAAUAUAUAGCAAGUCGGCCUCACAGCUUUCAUUGAGUUCCGAUCAACUAGUAAAGCAUAUUAAUUUACCAAAUCAUUCCACAACACAAGAGUCGACAUUAUUGUCGAAUACAAAACAACUAGAAACUACGGUUAAAACAUUUUCAUCAACUACUGAUGACGAAAAUCAGGAGAUUACACUAACCUCUGAAGAAAGGAGCCGACAAAAUAAACCACAAAAAGCUCAUCAUUAUUCGAACCACCAACUCACGGCUGAUAUUUUAAAAGGGCCAACAAUUAACAUCGAAGAAAUAUCAACAGAAAUGGCCAUAACAAGACAAGACUCUAAACUUGUAAAUAAAUUUCCUACGCCUCCGUUGAUAACUACGACUACUCUAUUCUCAACUCCAUUAUGUGAAAAUAACGAUUGCAAAAUAACUUCACCUACACAUUAUCACUCAAUUCCCUUUAAUGAUAAAGAAAAAAAUAAUGCAUCAUCUGAUCAGGAAUUAAAAAAAUAUAUUAAUGGACAGGAUAACAUUAUGAAUUUAAAUAGUUCGCCAAGACGUCCGUCAGCAAUAUCCAUUUUUACUUCAAAAACUUCCACAUUGUCAUACCCAAAAACAUAUCCUGCUAUCAUAUUAACAUCAUCACAGCCGCAUCCCAAGUAUUUUUCUUCGACUCAAUCGCCAUAUGCAGAAUAUAUUACUGAUAAAAAUAAUAAAAUUCAACCAACAAGUUUACGCUACACUUCAUUAUUACCCACAAUCUUUCAACCACUAAAUAUUAAUAAUAUUAUCACAACUUCAGUAUUAGAAGAAACUAAAACAGAACAAACCCCAUCGAUCACAAUGAAUUCCAAUAAGUGUACAAAUAGUAUUACACAGAACUCAAAUGCCCUUAGACACCAUGACGAUUCAACUAGACCUACUUCAACAUCGAAAAUUAUUAUUGCACCACGUGAUUUUUUUAACACCGAGUCACUCAUGAAGACUAUCCAAAAUAAUUUAACGUCUGAUAUAAAUAUGUAUUCAAAUAGUUACCAAAGCCCAAAAAUCCCAACCGCAACUAAAAAAUCAAAUACACACAAAGACGAUAAUAUUAAUAAUUACUUAUCGAUCACAACAGAAGAAACAAAAAGAAGCUCAUUUAAACCAACAGUGAUGCCAAUAAAACAAUAUAACUCUGCUCAAAAAAAAGUACCACUUAUUACUGAUUCCGAUGAUUCGAAGUUUAGAAAAUCAACGUACAAUCAAGAAACAUUAAACUCUCCACGAUCUACCGAAGAUUCUGAACUCUGGUACAAUCACAUGUAUCCCCAAAAUCCACUUAAAAAAGAGCCUAAUGAAGAACAAAUUCAUUUUCUAUUAAAAAAAAUUAUAAAAUUACUCAAACCUGAAAUCGAAAAACAGACUCUGACUAAAGAAAGUGUAGCGAGACUUGUACCACCAAGACUUGGAGACCCAGAAAAGUUUGUAUACAUUAUAUAUCCGUGGGUUAUUGACGCGGCUAAAAAUAUGGAAAAUGAAGAACGAACAAGAAUUAAUGCAAAUUUAAAUACAACUUCUGACAAGCUAUAA